AUGGAAAGAGGCGACCCGGAGAACAAAGCAGGAUACAAGAAGAUUCGAUACGCCUGCGCUCAAGCUGUCCGCCACGGCUUUCACUACACCUGGAUUGAUACCUGCUGCAUAGACAAAAGUAGCAGUGCUGAGUUAUCAGAAGCAAUCAACUCAAUGUAUUCAUGGUACCGGCAAGCAGAGGUAUGCUACGCGUACCUGGCAGACGUCCCUGCGAACGUGGACACCAAAACGAUGGAUUCCGCCUUUGCUAAAAGCCGAUGGUUUACAAGAGGCUGGACUUUGCAAGAACUCAUAGGGCCGUCGAGCUUGAUAUUUUUCUCGAAUGACUGGAUCGAACUCGGACUGAAAUGGGACCUACAAGACAUCUUAUCAAAGAUCACCGGUAUAGAUGCUGACAUACUUACCGGUAUGAAGGACAUCGAGACCGCAAGCGUAGCAAAGAGAAUGUCUUGGGCUUCCGACCGAGCCACAACAAGAGUUGAAGACAUAGCAUAUUGUCUUAUGGGCCUUUUCUCGGUCAACAUGCCGAUGCUGUACGGAGAGGGAGACAAAGCAUUUAUAAGGCUGCAGGAAGAAAUCAUGAAACAUUCAGAUGACCAGUCUUUGUUUGCAUGGACCGAUCCAACGGCACCUCCAUACUCUUGGCAUGGGUUGCUGGCAAAGUCCCCCGCCGACUUCGCGUAUUCCGAGGGUGUAAUCCCGUACCCUGACUGGGAGCCCCGCGCUCCGUUCGCUAUCACCAACAAAGGCCUGUGUAUCAGCCUGCGUCUUGCUCAUCACAAGGGUUACACAUACAUUGCAGCUCUGAAUUGUACAUCGCGGCCCGACUACGAAGGAUUUCUAGGCAUCUACCUAAGACGCUUUCCCACCAGUGAUCACCAAUAUGCUAGAGUGGAUCCCCGAUCUUUUCUCAGAGUUUGUUCAGCAGGCAGUAUCGAGACCGUAUACGUACGCCAAUCUAUCCUUGCUCCUGAGUUUCGAGGUAUCUAUCCGCAGCAUACCUGUCAGCUUCGAAACGGCCCUGCCCAAGAGGCCGGCUAUCAGCUGAUUCAUGUCAUGUCCCCUGUCUCAAAUAAAGAUGCACCAGCGCCGAUUUACCCCUCAUGCGCGCCUAGCUGGAUACCUCCCGGGAUGCCAUUCACCUUCAAGAUAAGCAAAGGGACCAGUCGAUUGGCAGGAGCACUCUUUCUGAAAGCUGAUGGUGGGGAGGGCCUCAUCGUCAUGUUAGGUUCGAAGAUGAACUUUGGAUUCGCCUUUGAUGUCGCUUUUACGUCAAAAACCAAAACCUUCGAGGAACUCGCAAGAUCGUUCAGACCAACGCCACCAGGAACAACUAUUGUUUCGAAGACCUUCCGGCUGCAUGUAGACUCAGAAUCAAUGGUCAGCUUGGGCACCAUGUGCUACAUGAUAGACAUCGCUAUAGAACCGAUUUACCGUUCGCAGAUCUAA